AACCCUCAGUGGUUCAGCAUAUUUCCAUAGAUUCACUAUUAUGAGGUGAAUAUUUAUUGUAAAAUAUAGGUCUUCUGUGCAUUAUGCUUAUGAGUAAUGUGUUAAAUGUUUUAAACAUUACGGAAUCCAUUCAUAUUAAAAAACAGCUACUGAGCAGUCCAAGAAGUGGCCAGAUUGCACCAUUUACUCUAGCUAUAAGCAAAAUUUUCCCGGGGCAACCCUGGACACCGUUGAUGGGAGGGUGUGCUCCUCCCAAAACCCACCCCUCCGCAGCCCCAAUGCCAAAAUCGUUCCUACGCCCCUGAUGUGACUGUAGCAAUAAUUUUCGAAGAACAGCUCUACACCCUGGAGAGCAUCGACACGACUGACUCUGCAAUUCUGAUUGGUCAAACAUAGAUUUCACACUAUGUCAGAUAGAGUCCAUGAAGUCUUCGAGAAAAAGAAACCUCGGUUGGUCAAUCCCUAUGGGUUUCUUUUUCAUGAAGAAUUCACUUCGUAAACUCUUAUCUAUAACAAAAAAGUCAUAAUUAUAUACUUGUCAGACUUACUUGCUCUCAUAAAUUAAACAUUUAAUAUUCAUGCAGAAACUUCAAAUGAGUUGAAUAUAACUCGAUCAUAAUUUGAGAUAAGAAACUUAAAUCUUUGAAAAUAUGAAGUCGACAGGUGUGAGGAGACAUCUACCCUGACACCGGUUUCAGUACACAUCAGACUGCCAAUAACACUAAACUGCAGAAACAAAACACAAAAUAUACAUUCAUAAUAUGUCAGCAAGACCCGCAGGGAGAUGUCUUUAUCAAGCAUGAAUGCUCAUAAGUUGGUGCAUUUAGAUUUAAAAGGUGCUGCACCUAGGAUUGAAUACCUGCAAGUGUUGUUUCCUUUUCUUAAGAAGUUUGGAGCCACAGGGUUGUUGGUUGAAUAUGAAGACAUGUUCCCAUAUUCUGGUCCAUUGGAAGAAUUAGCCCAGAGAUAUGCUUACAGUAAAGACAACAUAGGGGAAUUUCUUCAGCUGGCCAAGGACAACUGCCUCACUGUUAUACCUCUAAUACAGACUUUUGGACAUUUUGAGUUUGUGUUGAAGCAUGAAAAAUUUAGAAGUUUAUGUGAGUUGGAAGGAUACCCAAGUGCACUGUGCCCAUCUAAUCCAGAUUCUUUGACUGCCAUAAGUAUGAUAAUAGACCAGGUGGUAGAUGCUCACCCUGCCAUACAACAUUUACAUAUCGGAGGGGAUGAGGUAUAUCAUCUUGGAGUAUGUGACAGAUGUAAGAAGAAGAUGGUGAUGGAGAACUUGACAGUACAGCAGCUGUUCUUUUCUCAUGUACGUGCUGUAUGUCUAUACAUCAAGGACAAAUACCCCCACCUCACUAUAAUAAUGUGGGACGAUAUGCUUCGAUUUCUAGAACUUCCCAUUCUAGCAGAGUCAGGUUUGGGAAACCUGGUGGAAAUCAUGAUAUGGCAUUACCUCCCUUCAUUCCUGCUACCCCCUGAUAUCUGGGAUCGUUUUUCUAAAGUGUUUCCCAACAUUUGGGUGGCCAGUGCCUUUAAAGGUGCCACAGGAGCUUGUAUGUAUGCUACGAAUAUUAUGUAUCAUAUAGACAAUCAUCUCACAUGGCUAAGUGUGCUAGAGAGAGUGAAAUCAAAGUUUGAAAACAUUCGAGGCAUUGCAGUCACAGGCUGGCAAAGGUAUGACCAUUAUGCUGUUUUGUGUGAGCUGUUGCCGCAAGCUCUGCCAUCACUGGUUACAUGUCUGUCUGUCAUCUACAGAGGAACAUUCACAGCUGAUAUUCAUUCACAUGUCACUCAACAACUCAAGUUUCAAGGUUUACUCCCACUCAAUCCAUUUGAUGGGAAGGACAUUCCAAUCUGUGAUUUUCCUGGUUCAGAUAUUUACACAGACACAAUAGAGCUUCUCAGAUUAGAAUCUGCCUAUGAGGAUUUCCUACAUAGUGAAGGGAGGUUGUCAUGGAUGAAUGAGUACCAUAUGCGAAGAAAUUUCACCAACCCCAUGCAUUUAGAGGCAUUACUAGCUCAAGCCGUCAGGUUACUUAGUGGCUUGAAACAACUACAUAAAAAGUUUCAGACGUCACUGAAGGCAAUAUAUUUUCCCGAUACUGUUGAUGAAUGGUGCAGUGUUUAUCUUAACCCAAAAAUAGAGAAAAUGACAGACAUUGUUGAACUAGCACGAAACCAAGAUCGAAAUUCAGGAUUGCAGACGUAGCAGUUUCAGCAUAACUUCAUUUGUAAUACUUGUUGUUGUUGUUGCUUUUGUCCCAGGAGCUUAGAAGCUUGAUUUACUGUAUGCAGACACGGUUUUACCAGUAAAUCUACAUUUAUUUGAAGUAGAUUUCAGUUAGGGGAAAAAUAAUUUUGAAACAACACAUUAAUUGGCAAUAAUAUAUUAUUUUAGAAUAUGUGAGGCACAUGAUGUGUACCUAGAUUAGGUUUCUCAUAGAUAUCAAUAGAUAUCACAUUGAAAGGUUUGUAAUCAUGUGCAACUUUUUGUGAUUGUUUGUUUUGAAUACAUCAGAGGUAUAGCGUAAUGACACAUAAGAUGUCAAAGUUGUGUUGGUUUAUUGAAAUUGUUAGAGGAAGUUGCAUCUACUAGAUGUGGUCAUUCUAUGCUUUUGAAAUAUUGUAUUAGUGGUACAAGUUACUAGGCAACCAUAUGAUCUUUGUCUUUUAAAUUAGCUUAUGUUAUAAGAUAGAUAUUCUUAAAAUGAUGAAAAGUCUUUAAUCAAAUAUGAACUCCUUCCUCAUUCUUCUGCAGCACAGUUUCACCACAGUGAUUGUAACAGAAAUGGUAACAUUAUGUGUUUCUAUAAAUAGCUUGAUAUAUGACAAGCGUUUUCAGGAACUGAAAAGAUUGAGGUGGGAGAAGAUCUUGUUAUUGCAAACAAAACAGAGAUUUAAUUAUGCCCGGGUUAUAUUGGGAUGUAAAUAAUUGCAAAACAGAACGAGAAAAUGGCCAUUUGAAAGAUGAGUUUAUCUUAUUUUAUUUAAAAAAUAAGCCCAAUUUGUUAGAUUGCUGAGAACACAAUCAUAAUAUCUUGAUACCGUAACAUGUCUAGUAGUUCUGCAUGUCUGGAUCAAAAUUUUUUCUACAAUGUAGAAUUUGAUUAAACUCUGAUUUUUCAAAACUUGAAAAUAUACAUAGAAAAUUCAGCAAAUAAAAACAAUAGGUUUGUGUGCUUGAUUGUUUGCUAGACUGAUUUGAAAAAUUUGGACCUCACACAAUUUUUCAUAUUAAUGGGAAUCAGAGGGAAAAUUAUAACUUUCGUAACAUUUUCAGGAAUAGAAAUUUUUCUACAAUGUAAUUUUAAUGAAACUCCUUGCAGUUGUAAAUAAACAUAUGGCCUAUAAUGGGGUAAAAUAAAAGGUACAGGUCUAUGUGCUUAUUUUAGAGAUAUUUGACCUUGAUUAAAGUGAACCACACUUUUCACGCUAAUUUUGAGACAUUAUUUUGAAUUAUUUAACGUGUCAGAUGUUUUUAUGUCAUAUCUUAACUUUAGAAAGACAGUAACAGAGUCAUUAUAAUAAAUUUACUCACAGGUUGCUAUUAAUUCAUAAACUGAAUGUCCGUACACAGAAUCCAGGCUUUAUCCUACAUUUUCCGGAUAAAUGUUACGCCAUCACUUCUGAUUAAUCAAACAUGCAGAACUACCCUAAGAUUAUAAUAACUUGCAUUGCAACUAUGUCUGUUCUUUUUAGCUCUCCUGUCACAAAGUGACAAGGUGAGCUUUUGUGAUCGCAUGGUGUCCGUCGUCCGUGCGUAAACUUUUCCUUGUUGUGUAUUCACAUGAUGUACUGUGAUUAUGUCAGUUUUUGUAUAGUCUAGUGAGAUGUUGUGAUUAUGUAGAUUUGGGAUAUGUCAUUUGAGACAAUGAGAUGUAAAUGUAGAAAUAUUGUGUUACGUUUUGCCUAGGUAACAGCAUUGAGGUAAGGGUAGUCUUGUUGGUUAAGAAUACAAAAUGCAGUAUGUUUUAUCCAAUGUUUGUUUAUAUGCAUGAUGCAUGAUGAAGUUUGGGAUACAUGACAAGAUGUUGUGAUCAUGCUGCUUUAGGUUACAUGAUGCGUGAUGACAUGAUUAUAUUUGUUUUUUAAUACAUAGUGCAAGAUGAUGUGGUCUACUUAAUACAAGAUAUUGUAAUCAUGUUGUUUUGGAUAUAUAAUGCAAGAUGUUGUGAUCAUGCUGGUUUAGAUUACAUAAUGCAAGAUGUAGUGAUUAUGUUUGUUAUGGAUACAGAGUGCAAGAUAUUGUGAUCAUGUUGGAUACAAGAAUCUGUGAUCAUGUUUUUUGUGGAUGCAUGAUGAUGUGAUCACAUUGGUUUAUAAUAUGCAAUGAGGAUGUUUUAAUCUUGUUGGUUUAGGAAUCAUGAUGCAUUAUGUUGUAAUCUUGUUUGUUUUGGCUACAAGAUUUUAUGACUAUGUUGGAUGAAAGAUGUUGUAAUCAUGUUGGUUACAAGAUGAUGUGAUCUUGUUUGUUUUGUAUGCAUAAUGCAAGAUGUAGUGAUUACUUUUGAUGCAAGAUGAUGUGAUCAUGUUGAUUUAGAAAACAUGAUGAAGAUGUUGUUAUCUCCUUGUCUAGGAAACAUGAUGCAAGAUGUUAUGAUCAUGUUGGUUUAGAAAACAUUAUGAAGAUGUUAUCUUCUUGUCUAGGAAACAUGAUGCAACAUGUUGUGAUCACGUUGGUUUAGAAAACAUGAUGAAGAUGUUAUCUUCUUGUGUAGGAAACAUGAUGCAAGAUGUUAUGAUCAUGUUGAUUAAG